GUUUUUCAUCUAUAAGUAAAAAGGCUAAGCAGCGCACAUUUUUUCCGAUUGUUCUUUUCUUCCUCAUCUUUCCAUCACCACCGCCAUCAUGAAGAGUGUUUUGGCGUAUUUUUCGGCAUUCUUACUUGGCAGUGUGCCGCUUGUGCAGGCGUACAAUAAAGACCAUCAUCAGGUGUAUAAGGGAAAUGAUGCACGAUUGAACAAAUGGCGUACUUUCCAUGUGGCUGGUGAAGAAGAGCAUGCGCUUUCUGUUCAGUCGACUCCUACCACAGGGAAUGCAACCUUUAGACAAUACAUCGAUCAUGAAAACAAGGAUGUGGGAACUUUCGAGCAGUUCUACUUCUACUCGACUGAGUUCUAUGGCGGUCCUGGCUCGCCUAUUAUUCUGUUCACUCCUGGAGAAGUCAAUGCUAGCGCCUAUACCUCUUAUCUCACCCUCAAUAGAACUACUGGUGUCCUUGCAAAGGAGAUUGGUGCUGCCAUUGUGUGUAUUGAGCACAGAUACUGGGGAUACUCUUCACCUUAUGCCGACCUGACCACUGAGAACCUUCAAUACCUCACACUUGACAACUCAAUCAGUGACUUGACAAACUUCGCAAAGCAUGUGCGUCUGCCAUUUGACUACCACAGGAAAUCAAGCCCGAACCGUGCGCCCUGGGUCAUGAUGGGUGGUAGCUAUUCUGGCGCUCUCGCCGCUUGGACUGCUUCGACUCAACCCAACACCUAUUGGGCAUACUGGGCAUCCAGUGCCCCCGUCGAGUCCAUCAUUGAUUACUGGCAAUACUUUGUACCUAUCCAGCAAGGCAUGCCCAAGAACUGCUCUUCUGAUGUCUCACUUGUCAUCGACCACAUUGACAACAUCUUGCUCAAUGGAACGACCUCAGAGAUCACUGCUCUCAAGACAAAGUUCGGCUUGGAAGGUCUCGAGCACAAUGAUGAUUUCGCAGCUGCACUCCAGAACGGUCCUUGGUUGUGGCAAGGCAAUCAGUUCUACAGAAACACUGGCUUCUUCGACUUUUGCGAUGCCGUGGAGAAUGUCAAGCCUAACAGCACUAACACCACUUUGCCUGGCGCCGAGGGUGUAGGUCUUGACAAGGCACUUGCUGGUUAUGCUAGCUGGUUCAACACUACUUACCUUCCCGGUUCGUGUGCUAGUUAUGGUUACGACGAAUGGCAAGGCGAGCGCAAUAUCAAGUGCUUUGACACCUACGACGUCACCAGCCCAAUGUACACCGACACCUCCCUAUCCAACGCUUUCGAUCGUCAAUGGGUAUGGAUGACCUGCAACGAGCCCUUCGGAUACUAUCAGACCGGCGCUCCCGAAGACAGACCCUCAAUAAUCUCACGCCUUUCGACCCCCGAAUACUGGAUCCGCCAAUGCCCCCUCAUGUUCCCCGCUUCCAACAACACAGUCGUCGGUCUCAGCAGAGGCGCCACCGCCGCACAAGUCAACGCCAAAAACAAAGGUUGGAACAACUACUCACCCGGCCUCCUCUACGUCAACGGCGACUACGAUCCUUGGAGGGAAGCCAGUGUGUCUUCUGAUUUCAGACCGGAGGGCAAGCUUCAAUCCACCACAAAGAACCCUGUUGUCAUCGUCCCCGGCGGCUUCCACACUAGUGAUUUGGUCACGCAGAAUGCAAAGGCUAAUGCUGGGGCUAAAGCUGCUAUCGAUGAGGCUGUGGGUAUUAUGAAGGGAUGGGUUGGUGAGUUUGAACAUGGCAAGCAUUGGUUUGAGGGGUAGGGUGUGGUGUUGGUAUGGCUUUCUGAGAUUACCGUCCUCUAAUGCCUCCUCGCACUAUUCUGCAAAUGUGUUGUUAUGUUCUCUGAUCAAUGACACAAUUAGUUUAUGUUCUUG